CCGCGGCCCACGCUCAUUUGCUGGCGCCCUUCCGUUCCGCUCCUCCAUUGAUCCGCUUUCGCUUCUUUCUGCAAGGCUCUCAGCUCAGCGCUGCCCCUCGCGGAGAGGCCGCGCGGCGCAGGCUCGGCUCGUGGUCACUCGCGGACCUUAUUCCGUGUCGCUUUCCCCUCCUUCCCGGCAUUCCUGCUUCCGCUUUCUCACGGCUCUUUGGUUUUUCCACCUCUAAGGCAUUUCGCGCCCAGUGGUUCGGUGACGUCAUCUGUCUGCGCUGCGCGGACACCCGCCCGUGGAAGAAGGAACAGUUCCGCCGCCCUUCGCCUCUUUUGUUGGGCUGCCGCUCCUCCGGAAUCAUGGCGCCGUCGCUAUGGAAGGGGCUGGUGGGCGUCGGCCUCUUUGCCCUAGCCCACGCGGCCUUUUCCGCUGCUCAGCAUCGUUCUUAUAUGCGAUUAACAGAAAAGGAAGAUGAAUCACUGCCAAUAGAUAUAGUUCUUCAGACACUUCUGGCCUUUGCAGUUACCUGUUAUGGUAUAGUUCAUAUUGCAGGGGAGUUUAAAGACAUGGAUGCCACUUCAGAACUAAAAAAUAAGACAUUUGACACAUUAAGGAAUCACCCAUCAUUUUAUGUAUUUAAUCAUCGUGGUCGAGUGCUGUUCCGGCCUUCGGAUACAACAAACUCUUCAAAUCAAGAUGCAUUGUCCUCUAAUACAUCAUUGAAGUUACGAAAACUUGAAUCACUGCGUCGUUAAGAUUUUUACAGAUUAUAAUAACAGGACAGGACACAGAGCUGGAAUAUUGGAGUUUGGGGUAUAAAACACUCCCCCCCCAUCAUCAGUAUUUAUAUUAUAUUGAUUUUUCAGACCUAAUUAAAAAGAGUCUAUGGCCCUUGUUUGUACACUGUUAAUCAAAUCAUUAAUGGAGUAUAAGUUAUCUGUGAAAUGAGUCUUUGAGCUUUCAUAGAGAGAAUUCCUUUUUCCACUUAAAAGAAAUUCCUAUCUUUUGUAAAAGUCACUGUUUUGAACACAUUUCUUUGAAAAAUGUUGAUGAUUUUGUAACUAUUUAUUUUCUUAGAUUUCUCUUCUUUUGCACUUGAGUUUUUGGGAUCCUUUUGGCAAUAAUGUGACUACUGCAUUUUGCAGCACGAAUGAUAGUAGAAAGGUCUUUGGUUCUUAACAACAAAUGGACUUCUCUAAAGAGACCAAAAUGGUGACUUAGCAGUUUUUCUGACGCCCCCUAAACAGUGGCUCUGCUCCAGCAGAUACAUGCCAGUUUUUAAUUUCUCACGACCUCUCACCCCGCCCCACUCCCGUAUACCUUCCCACGUCAGCUGUCUUGUGCCAUCACUUCUCUGGGGUUCUGUGUGCAGUGAGCGAUUCUUGUGUCCGAAAUUCUUUGUCAUAAGUAGGUUUAACAAAUUCAACUUGCCGUAAAGCUACUUGUGUUCCCUUCAUUUAUCUGUCGGAAAUUUCCCUAACCGAUUAUGUAGUUUAAGGAUAGCUGCAGAUAGACCAAAAAGACCACUCAUGGUUUCAUUAAUUAUCCUGUCUGCAGAAGAAUAGUAAUCACAGAAGAAAGCCCAUGACUGGUCAUUAGCCUGUUUAACUUCUUCGAAGACUCUGUUAUUUUACUGCAUACUAAACUAGUGAAUUAGUAAAACUAAAGGAAAGUUCUCAUCAGAGGUCAACUUCCAAGGCCUCGGGACAAAUGUGUUUUAAAUAUUUGGGAACUAAUACCUUUAAUUAAAAACAAGGUCAUUUAAGAAAUUGUUUUAUGGCUUCGGAUUUAUAGCAGGCUUAGAGUUUUCCAUCUUCAUUGUGUGCUGCUGAAGGAAAGGAUGAGGGUACAGAGGAGACUGGUUUUUUUUGUUUAGAAACAGUAAUUUUAGGUUCAGGGAAAUUUGGCUAGCUCUUUGAUCUGCAGGGAGCGUCACAUUCUUUUGUAGAGAAGGUUGCUUUUGUUGAACUGUGCAGGUAUGAAAACAUUGCUUUUGUUGAAUUGUGUAGGUGCAAAGGGAAUAACUGUGCAGAUUUGAAAAGGAAAUAUGCUUUAGGCAAGAGUCGUAAGGUGCCCUUAUGCCUGGUGGCAUUUUUCCCAUUAGAAAUGAACCUCAGCUCUUCUAUUCUGCCUGGUAACACACAGCCCCAAAGCACGAGAUUAUUUCAUCAUUGAGUUUUUAUUGUCGUUUAGUUUUGUUUUGCCAAGCCAGUCUGUCUGUGGAACACUGACUCUGCUCUCUAAGGAGAACAAAGUUAGAAAUCUGCUGAUAGCCUAGAAUAAUUUAGAAAUGAAUGAACAGUGGAAUUCAGGGGUUAAUGUGGUUAUAAUGUAAAUCAAAACAGUGUGUGAGAAGGCAGCUCCUUAUAUCAGGCUUGUCUACCAUUUCCUCAGGUAUGACUUGACUUGCAAGAGCCUCUUUUCUGCUUUUUGGGGGCUGUCUUCCUUUUUUAAUAUUCACAUACCUUCGAGGCUGCCAUUUAAAGGGUAUAGUUCAGUGGUUUUGUAAUAUAGUCACAAAGUUGUAUGACCAGCACCACAGUGAGUUUUAGAACAUUUCUGUCACCCCCAAAAGAAACCCUGUACCCUUUGGCAGGCACCUCUCAUACCCCACCCCACCUCCCAGUGCCUCCCAGCCCCGGGCAACCACUAAUCUGCUUUCUGCCUCUAUAGAUUUGCCUAUUCUGGUCAUUUAAUACGAGUGGAUUCGUACAGUGUCUGGUCUUUUAGUGACUGGCUUCUCGAGUGUAGUUUUGUUGCACGUGGAGCGAGCGCGUCUCCUCCCGAGAACUGUGAUUUCUGUGGAAGGAAGUGGUUGGUAAAAUCAGUGGAUGUGACUGGGGAGGGCCAGACACUUACUCGUUUUCUAGUCAGUUUUAGGCUGAAUAGUUUUUCCUCGUAAUCAGUCACUCAUGAUCUACUACUAUUUACAAGAUUUUGGCUAGGCUCUAGAAUGGAUAUUGAAAUCUUUGCCUGCCCAGUCAGGAAAGUCCAAGUAAAAAUCAUGUUAAAUAUUUUGGCAGAUAAUUGACAUAGUUUUCAGGUGCGUCUAACUUUGUUAGCAGGUGUGUAUACCUCAAGCCAGAUGAGCUUCCCAAAUUUCUUCUUUACUUUCCUCCCGUGAAUUUGUUUCUGUUUUCAAGUAUGUACCAUAGGACUAAAGCUGAUUUGGAUGCAUCGUAACAGUGCUAAAUGAAUUAAAUUCAGAAUUUUAUUUAUAAUACUUUGAGACCAUCCAUGACUACCUAGGGUAGUCCAAAAAUGUAGUGAUGUGAGCUAGUUAAGCCUGCAGGGGACUGCCAAUUUUAGAGACAUUCAGAAGCGUGUACUCAAUAUUGAAGGCUCGCUAGAAUAUAGCAAGACACUUCUUAAUAACCAGGGAACCAGCCAAAUGCUAUCGGCUAAUGUCCCAGCCACAGACAAUGCAGAUCGGCGGAUUAGAGACCAUGAUGCUCUGCUAACUCCCUAAUGAUUGUUUCCUAAGCACUGUGGCUUAUUUUUGAGUGACAUGACAGCAUCUUCCUGGUUGUACGUGGCCUGUUUCCAUGAUGUAUUGAGUAGUGUUGUUUGUUGUGAACAUCAAUGCCUGUAACACCAAGCUAAACACCUUCUUUUGGAUAUGUUUCCUCUCUUUAAAUGACCUUGCCCUGUCCAAUAAAUAAAUGAUUGUCUCACCCUGUU